AUGACAUGUCCAGUUAGACCCCCCUACUCAGCGCCAUGUAAUCGCCACGUCAGAAAACUCCCCUCUCCCUCUGACUCACCAGUCACCCCCUCCACCUUACAGUCUCCACUCUACAGCGACGAAGCCACCAUGUCAACUACGGCACCACGAUCUUCACCAAGCUUCUCUGCUCAAAAGCCACCAUAUGGAGUCUCAGGUUCCAAAUUGCCAUCCAAUCUUCUAACAACUAAACCCAAAACGCUGCUGGAAAAACACCCACUUCGUACACCAACUCAUUCAAAAACCCCCCCUUCAAUUCAAGGAGAAAAUCCUGUGCCUCGAAAUCAUGGCCGUGGACUCCGAUCGAGCACUCUCCCAAAUUUGUCUCGCCACACCGCUUCUUUGCAUUACAUCCACGAAAUCAUCACCUUCCUCCAGUCCAAAUGCAUCCAUCAAAAGGAUUUAGACAGAAUCUUUGGCAUGUGCCCCCAAAUUCUAAAUUCCACCUUUAAAGCUGACCUUAACCCAGUUUUCAAUUUCAUAUCCUAUGAUUUAAAAGUCCCAAACUAG